GUCUACGCCGCUCGUCCUGUAGCGGCGGUGGGGAUGCUGAGCCGGGUGAGUGGAGUCUUAGGGAGUCUCGCGGAGGGAAUCCGAGAGGAUGUGGGGGCAGCAACAUGGAAAGGGAAGGUGGGAAGCCUGCGGCUGUUGUCGCGGUUGUGACUGAGCCUCGGUUUACGCAGCGAUACAGGGAAUAUCUCGAGAAGCAGAAACUCCUGGACAGACGGCACCGUGUAGAAAAGAUGCCGGAUGGCACGGUGGCGCUGCCGGUGCUGGGAAAGACUCUCCCUGAGCAGCACCUGCACGAGCUGAGGGAUUGUGUGGCUCCAGGCAGCACCUGUAGAGUAACGCAGCUCCUGGAUCCUGUUCCCUCAAAGAAGGCCCAGGGUUGUUCACCGGCCCAAAGGCUGUGUCUUGAAGUGAGUCGCUGGGUAGAGGGCCGGGGAGUGACGUGGUCAGCUGAGUUGGAGGCCGAUUUGCCCCGGUCUUGGCAACGACAUGGCGACCUCUUGUUGCUGAGCGAGGACUGUUUCCAAGCCAAGCAAUGGAAACAUCUGGAACCAGAACUCUGGGAGACUGUUGCGUCGGCACUUGGCGUCCAUCGUGUGGCCAAACGAGGGCGGGUAUCCCCAGAUGGCGCUCGAACGCCAGCAGUGACUCUGCUGCUGGGCGACCAUGGCUGGGUAGAGCAUCUGGAUAAUGGGAUCCGAUAUAAGUUUGACGUGACCCGGUGCAUGUUCUCCUUCGGAAACAUCACUGAGAAGCUUCGAGUGGCAUCGCUGCUCUGUGCUGGAGAAGUGCUGGUGGAUCUCUAUGCAGGGAUUGGUUAUUUUACAUUGCCCUUCCUCGUCCAUGCUGGCGCUGCCUUCGUCCAUGCCUGCGAGUGGAACCCCCACGCUGUAGCUGCGCUGAGAAAGAACCUUGAUAUCAAUGGAGUGGCAGAUCGGUGCCAAAUACACUUUGGGGAUAACAGAAAACUGAAGCUCUCAAACAUUGCAGACCGGGUGAACCUGGGGCUGAUUCCCAGUUCUGAAGAAGGCUGGCCCAUUGCCUGCCAAGUGCUGCGGCGGGAUGCUGGGGGCAUUUUGCAUAUCCACCAAAAUGUGGAAUCUUACCCAGGCAAGAACCGCCAGCCUCCAGGAAGCAGUGAAAUGGAGAAGGAACAUUUGCCUUAUCCUCAGCAAAUGAUCACCAACCAUUGUACAAAUGGAGCAACCAGGGAUUCUAGGGGGAAAAGGCUAUCAGCAGCCACCAAACCAGAGUGGCAGAGGUGGGCGGAAGCUGCAGAAACUCGUCUUGCCACCCUUCUUCAGCAGGUGCACGGGACACCAUGGAAGACACAAAUCCUGCACAUCCAGCCAGUGAAAUCCUAUGCUCCCCACGUGGAUCACAUAGUGUUGGAUUUGGAAUGCCGCCCCGUCCUCUAGUUGGCUAGAGAAGGUGGAUCGUGAGACACAAGGAUCUAUAUGGCUCAAGCUCCCUUUUCAUAUUUUUUUCUCUGGUGGACAUCAGGGCCAACAUAAGGAGCUAUACGCAAUGUGAGAUCUUCUGCAGUUUUUCAAGCCUCACCUUAUUUUAUGGCUGUCUGCCAGCACCACUGUUUACCACUGGAAUGACUAAUUGCAGAGAAUCACUGUUUACCUUUGGGAUGACUAAUUUUGAGAAGCACUUCAGAGCUUUGUUUUGGUGCACUUUGAAGCCAUCCGGGCUUGUUUUCUUGAUGAAGGAAACAUAGGGAAGUGUGGCUUUAUCGGGAUUACAAUUGUAUGUCGCAUUUGGCUGACUGGGGUUGGGCUAGAGCUGCUUGCCCUUUGCUUUUAACAGCGUCAGGAAGGACAGGAUCGGUGAGCCUGUUGUGUAUAUAUGAACUGCAGAUGCAUUAGAUACAGCCCAGUCUCUGAGGAGCUUACAACCUAGCAGCAGAAAUAACACAAAAACUGAAAGACUUGGAAUACGUUAAGUACCAUGUAAGUAAUAGCAUGACCUAGAAGUGUGGAGGUGGAGAAGGAAAGUUCUGAGAAUGGGGAAGUUUUCAGAGAGGUCGUGUCCGAACUCAUUCUUAAAAACUGGGUAAUAUCUUGGGAAGUGGAGUCAGGGUGAUGCUAGUAGAAGGAGAAAAAAAAAUGCAGGUGCAAAGCUUGCUCAGAAAAUGUUUGGACAUCGUCAUUAGAUAAUUUGGAGGAGAAGAAACAGUGAGAGAUAUGUUGAAGACGGGGGUUGUUAUAAGGAUUAAAAAGAAUAGUGUCCAGUACACAGUAUGCCCCCAGGAAAUGUUAGCUAUCAUGUGAUCCCACCACAGAAGGGGGCCUGAUUGUUCCAUUCCCACCCCACAGAGCAGCCUGCCUGUUUGCCUUAAUCAUCUCCUCUUCUACAUAUGGGGUUUCUUCUCACAUGUGUGCCUGCAGCUUUUGAGCCUCAGACUAGAAAUGCGAUGCUGGGACUUGAGCCAAUAUGGGGAGGAAGGAAGGCAGGGGAGAAGCAAUGAGGAAGGUGAGUCAGGGAGCCACAUGUCCGGGGGCUGAGGAGUCACCUGUCUGCCGCAAGCUAUGGAUAGGCUCCUGAAGUCAGAUACAUUGGAAUGAAUGUGUGCGCCCUGCAAUAGACACAUCAGGCCUUGAGGGUUCAGGGAUGCCAGAAGGUUGACGUGGGUUCUGUGUUCGUAGACUUGAGGUUCAACUCAUACACCUCCUGCCUUCUCUCCCUUGUCUGUGACCUGAGGCAGCUUCUCAAGAUUCAGUUUCCCCAUCUGU